UGAGAGGGGAAUCAGAUGCGUGCAUAUACCGCGCUCAGUGCAUUUUUCCAAGAAACAAACAUCCCUUACAGCCAUCACCAUCAGAUGAUGUGUACUCCUGCCAACACGCCAGCCACUCCCCCGAACUUCCCAGAUGCCCUCACCAUGUUCUCCCGCCUUAAGGCCUCUGAAAGCUUCAACAGCAGCAGCCCUGUGGCAUCGAUGGCGACUUCUCCUCCGCCCCCACCCCCACCACUCCCUCAGCAUGGAGGCUUCAACUCUGCCUGGCCUGCAGCCUCACCUCCCAGCCAGCAGCCUCAGCAGAGCAUGUGGACUCCAGCCCUGCCCUCGCAGCCUUCAGGCUGGCCUGCCACAGUCUCCCAACAGGCCACUUCAGAACAGAAGGCCAAUGUGACCAUGGAGGCUGAGAGAUGAGGCUGUGGAGAAGUAAGAACACAGUGAGGGGAAGGCCCCCAUGAUCCCUGUGUUCGUUUUUUUCUUUUUUUCUUUUUUUGUCCUUUCCCAAGGAGCAGUGGAAUUUGGCUGCCUUGGAGACUGGCAACUGUAGACAAACAGACACAAACAAAUAGCCACCUUGCAUGGGUUUGGUUUGAAGUAGUUUUUACUUGUCCUAGAACUGAAUGGAGCUCCCCAGGGACACAUGGAAUCUGCACCAGAUGUGGGAGCUGUCAGUAGCCUCUGCGUCCAGGAACCUGAUUUUAUAGGAGUCUCUCAACAUGGGGAUGUCCUUCCCCACCUGUUUGGGAUGCUGGAGUUUUGCAUGCAAGUGACAGUUACUGAAGAAGGGGUCCCUUCUUGCUGAUCCAGCCACCCCUUCCCAGCACUGACUAGGGUCCCACUGUCAAGAAGAAUGGGAUUGAGAGUCAUGUGUGUCUCCCCUCCUUCCUGCUCCCCUCAGGACCCCACCCACCCUGCUGAGUAGGGCAGGGAGUGGAGAGAAGAUGCCCAGUGAUUUUUUUUAAUCAAAAGGAAAAGCCCCAUUUCUGCUCAGCUGUAGGGCUGGAACCCUCACCCUCUCUGAUACAAACUGAGUGCAGAGUGAGUGGGAAAGGGAAUGCAGGCUCCUUUGAAGAUAUUUAGCAUCUUUUUUUUUAAUUAAUCCAACUCUCUACUUUCUACAAAAGGGGUGCACCCCCUCUCUGAGCCCCUGGGGUCAGAUUCCUCCAGGCAUGUGUAAAUGGGGUAGGCAGGCAGUAAGCUGGCCUGGUCUGGCUGAUGCCAUGUUUCCUCAGGCCCCCUGGGGCAGGGGUUGGGCAGAAGGUACAUUUGCAUGAUGUGGUGUAAGCCCCACAGAGGCUGGAAUUGUUUUUAAACCCUCUGUUCUUUUCUCCUUGUGGAUGAGAGUCCUGCCAGGCACACUGGCAGUGCGAGGCCUGGGUGCUUCGGAGCAGCCACCUGCAAUACACGUUUUUCUGCUUUGA